AGAUCUCUCCACUUUCAGUCCUGUCUCGUGUGCCAGCUCUCCUCCUCUCCUCUCCUCUCCUCUCCUCUCUGUGCUUUCAGAGCAGAGCGCACCUUUUUUUCCAGCUCCGUCGGUCUCCGCUCUCCUUGGUGCGUACUGCGGACCUUCAACGGACACCAGCGGAGAGACACCCGACGACAUUCAUCCCGGCAAAGUGCCAGGCAGCUGCUCAGUUCAUGGAUUGUCGCCGGCUCGAUAAACUGAACAGGGAAAUAGUUUCUCAUUCUCCAAGACUUUGACUGUCUCUGGGCACAUCGCGACCUUUACGCGUGAACUUUUACAAGCGUAAAAAUGUUCUUUCACCGUGUGUUUCUCUGUGGAAGCGUCAGGAUGAAGUGGACGGACACGUUGCUUCACUUGGGUCUCUUCCUGCAGCUGGCGGUUCGAGAUGCGACGGAAGCCAUCCACCCAGACUGCGCUCUGGUGGUUCAGCACAUGAAGGCUCAGGAAGAAUGCGACCAGAUCCUCAGGCAAGAGGAGAACAACCACUCUGCCAAGACAGGCUGUCCGACAGCUUGGGAUGACAUUCGGUGCUGGCAUCGUGCUGAAGUUGGACAGGUGAUCAGCGUCUCGUGUGCCAACGUCUCCCAGUUGUUUGCUAAUAACCAAGGUUACAUCUAUAGGAACUGCACUGAAGAAGGAUGGUCUGAUCUCUACCCAUCCUAUGAGGAGGCCUGCGAAUUUGCAGAGGAUGAAGAGACAGAACCAGAGACAACAUAUUUCUCCAACUUCAAACAGGUGUACACUGCUGGCUACGCCACCUCCCUUAUCUCUCUUAUUUCAGCUAUUUUUGUCUUCACUGUCUUCAGGAAGUUUCACUGCACCAGGAAUUACAUCCACAUCAACCUGUUCUUCUCCUUCAUCCUGAGAGCGAGUGCUGUCUUCAUCAAAGACGGAGUCCUUUUUUCUGAUGAAAACCUGGACCACUGCUUCAUGUCUACGGCAUCCUGUAAAUCAGCCGUGGCCUUCUUCCAGUUCAGUAUUCUGGCAAACUACUUCUGGCUGCUGGUGGAGGGCAUGUACCUGCAGACGCUGCUUGCUCUCACCUUUGUGUUCCAGAAAAAGUACUUCUGGUGGUACAUACUCAUCGGCUGGGGUCUCCCAACUACAAUCAUAACAGCCUGGAUUCUCACUCGAAGCUUCUACAAUAACACAGGGUGCUGGGAUGACACAGAUGUGGCCUUUGUGUGGUGGAUCAUAAAAGGUCCAAUAACUGCAUCACUACUGGUGAACUUCAUCAUCUUCAUCAAUGUAAUCCGUAUUCUGGUCCAGAAGCUGAGAUCUCCUGGUGUUGGUGGAAAUGACACCAGUCAUUUUAAGAGAUUGGCCAAAUCCACUCUGCUGCUCAUCCCUCUGUUUGGGAUGCACUACAUGGUGUUUGCCUUAAUGCCAGAACAAACAGCAACAGAGGCCCGACUCUUCAUAGAGCUCGCUCUGGGAUCUUUUCAGGGAUUUGUUGUGGCCCUGCUCUACUGUUUCCUGAAUGGAGAGGUGCAGGCUGAGCUGAAGAAGAGGUUUUGGAAAUGGCAGACUCAGAGUUACCUGAGCUACAGUAAACGACGGCGCACACUGUUCACUGAAAGCAGCACAGUCACUCAGAUAUCUGUUCUGGACAAAUCCAGCCCCAAAGAUCAGCCGGUCUCAGACACACUCGCCCUCACACGCAGCCACACACCCAACAACGUGUCUGCCGUCUGAGACACAGCGCUGAUAGUCAUGUCCUUCACUGAAACAUCUUCAUGGUAUCUGGACAUUGUCCUGAACAGAAACACCAGAGCCUGUCUUUAAGGUACCUCUUAACUGUGUAUGAUGGGAUUUUUUCAUAACUUUGUGUGAUGUCUAAACUUCCUGUACAGUAGGUCUAACUCAAACAUGAAACUUUCCCCAACAGCGACAUUGGUCAUAGUGUUUUAGAAAGAGAGGUCAUAUCUUUUCUGUUUAUGCUCUGUGGCUCCUCGUCCACAUUUGACUCACAGACACCCAGUUGUUUCUCCUCUUUCUCGGAGCAUUAUUAUAGAUAUUUAAUAUUAUUUAUAUAUUUACACUACUCUUCAAAAGGUUGGGGUCACCAAGGCAAUUUCAUGUUUUCCAUGAAAACUCUCACUUUUAUUCAUGUGCUAACAUAACUGAACAAGGGUUUUCUAAUCAUCAAUGAGCCUUUCAACACCAUUAGCUAACACAAUGUAGCAUUAGAACACAGGAGUGAUGGUUGCUGGAAAUGUUCCUCUGUACCCCUAUGGAGAUAUUCCAUUAAAAAUCAGACAUUUCCAGCUAGAAUAGUCAUUUACCACAUUAACUAUGUCUACACUGUAUUUCUGAUGAUCUAGUGUUGUCUUCAUUGAAAAAAAUGCUUUUCUUUAAAAAGUAAGGACAUUUCUAAGUGACCACAAACUUUUGAACGGUAGUGUAUAUAUUUUAAUGAAAAAUAAAUGAUCAUCCCUGUUAAAAAGUAAGAACUAUAAAUUAUUAAUUGUGUUGAAGUUCUCCUGAACUCUCAACUGUUGUGUUGUUAUUAAUUGCUUAGAAGUUUCUCAUAAAGGAAAAUGAGCAUCAUCAUAAUAGAUUUUUAUUACUUGAGGUCUGAAACAGCCACCAGAGAAUCAGUGCUCAGAAUGAACGGGAGCAUGAGAGGUGAGUCAGAAACUGAGAUGAGAUUAAUUAGAGGAGAAUCUCAAUCAUUGUUCAGAAAAAUGUCUGACUUCCACCACUGGCUCUGUUAUCUUAGUGUCUCACAAAGCUGCAUUUUCUUGACUGAAUUUAGUGUGGGAAGAAAAACAAGUAGAAACAAUAUAUGUGUGUGUAUGAGGUCACCUAUACUGGUGGUUUGUUCACGUUCUUCUUUAUGCUGUUGUUAGAUGUCUGAUCUGCAGUGAUCAUGACUCAUACACAAGCAACUGUAUUAACCAACAGUCUUUACCAAAGCAGCAUUCUGUAGAGAAAAUCAUUGUUUUUCAUUAUUACAUCAUCUGACAAAAUGAAAAAAGUCUGUUGGCUGCAGCUGUGCUGUGAGCUGCGUUCAGUUAUACUGACAUUUAAAAUGAGUGAUGACAGAUAAAGUGAGACAUAAAGGAUCGUCAUAUUCAAGUACAGCUAACAAGCAUCCAGACAAGCUGUACACCCAUAUUUAAUUGGCUGUAAAACAGAAAAAAGUCUGCACAACUCUGAAGUAUAUUAGAAAUACAGCUGUUGAAGAACCAAAGCUCAAGUCUGGAAAUGUUUCUGGUAGAUCCUGAAACAGUGAUGGAGCUGGAGUUCAAACUCAGAACAAUGCACCUUUGGUUGCUAAACUUUAAAACUAAUUCAAACACAGAAUAUCCUGCAAGUUUAGUAGCAUCUUUGUAACUUCCAUGUCUUCACAACUCUCCAACAUCUUUUUCUGAAGUCAUUUUUUCAGCUUUGAACUAGUAGUUAGAAACAAUGGGACAUAACCUUAUACACUAUGAUAUCUGUAUAAUCUGAUUGAUUGAUUGAUUGAUUGAUUGAUUGAUUGAUUGAUUGAUUGAUUGAUUGAUUGAUUGAUUGAUUGAUUGAUUAUUAAGGUUUUUAUACAACCAACAUACACAUGAACAUUCAAAGUUUGUUUCCCCAACUUACCGUUUUUCCACAUUUCCAAGGAAAGUGACAGAAGCUAAAUGUUCAAAGGAGGGAUGACAGAGAGGGUUUGUUACAAAAGAAGAAAUAAGAAACAUACAAAACUUUAGUCAGGUACCAGGGAAACUGAAGAGAAGUCUUCAAGAAAUGUUUUCAGUCAGGAAUGUUGUAAUUAUUCUUUCAUAUCGACUGAUUUUGACCAUGUUUCAUGCUGUCCAGACACUAAGACAAUGAAAGAAGCGGCAGCAGCUGAUCAGUCGUGUACGCUGAAUGUUCAUUACUUUAUCUUAUAACUCAAAAUUGUUUCCACCCACCCCCAAGUUACAUUCACUGUUCUCCGAAAAAGUUAAAAACCACUGCCUAGAAAACUUUUCUUUUCUUUUGCAUUUUACAUAAAUUUUUUCUACUGUAAAAUGUAUAUAAAAAAUAUAUUGUGGAAAAACUAACCCUUGACUUUGAAUGAGGUUAAAUUUCUAUAGCACAGAAGCCUUAGUUUCCACUUUCACUUCAGCUUUCUGCUCAUAUUUUGCACAAAGCUUCUUGACUAACUUCAGAACACUUUACUGCGAAUACCACAAAAAUAUAAAGCUUUAAGUAGCACAACAUCUGAGAUCUGAGUAAUAUGACAAGGCACUGCAUUUGACUAAAUUAAGUCUGGUGUAAAAUUUCUCUAAAAUACUAGUUUGACAUAAUUUUGUGAAACUCCAGGUCUUGGCAGCAGAGGGAAUGCACCACAGUUUCAGCAUUAUUGGUUCUCAUAAGCCAUCAGUACAAUUAUCCAGACAAUUAUUUACCAAUCUGCAAGCAACAUAGCCCCCAAAAACACACUUUUCACAAGACAUCAUCGCACAGUAUUUUGUGAAAAAUGAACUCAAAAAUAUAAACUGCUCCUCAGUUUUCCCUAUUUGUGUUAAACAUUUGCGUUAACUUUGUCUGAUAAAUUAGUGGCCAUCAUACCUGGACUUUGCUGAGUGUGACAUUCAUGUUAUUAUUGCUGUUGCUGAUUGAGGGCCUCUUGGUUUCUUGAGUUGGGCAUUCCAGUGUGAUCAUGUCAGAGAUAUAAGUUUAUAAAGAACAUUUUUUCAUAUAGGGGAACCUGCCCAUGUUGUCAUCAGGGGCCCUGCAUGCAACAUGUUGCACAGUGCACUAGCGCACAUCUGGAGCACUAGACUGUAAACGCUAUUUACCUGUCUGAUUACUGUCUCUGUCUAUGUGCAAAUGUAAAUACACCCGACCUAAAGUUUACAUGUAUUUUAUGACGUUGCAGUUUGUGAAGUUGAUUUCUACAAUAACCACAAUAAAUGGCCUUGUUAUUGUAAAAAUAGAGUAAAUAAUAGUUUUAACAACAUUACAAAUUACUAUGUUUGUGUUUACAAUCAACAUAUUUUUGGUAAAAUACAUCUAGAUAGGUUUUAUUCUUAUAUGUAAUAUUUUAAAAUGUAGAGAACAUGUUACUGUGUUUUUAUUUGUUAGCAUUAUUUAGUGAAGCCCAGGUCUUAAUUGCUAUGCUAAUGCUAAUACUGAUCCAAAACUUGUUUUCCUCUGAUGAAUAAUUUUGAUAGAGCUGCUGUUCAGUUGAUGUAUCUUUACUGUGAUCUACUAUUCUUGUCUGUAUUUGGCAUCAAAGGCAUUUCAUAUGUAUGUACAGUAUUGUCCCUGGAAAGAAAAAUAGCAUAACUUAGCUACUGAUCACUACAGUGCCUUUCUCAUACAGUAUAUCUGAGUGUUUCUCUGCAGUUUAGGUGCAUUGAACUUUCAGCAGGUUUGCAUUCUGAACCUCUUUACCUUAGUCAUGUACUUGAGAUCGUGACAGCACGUGCUUUGCUGAGCAACAUAGAUGUGCUUCUGUGUUGUGUCAUUACAAACGAAUAUUCUGCUUAAAAGGCAAAACAAAGUUUUAGUGCGAUUUAAAAUUGUUCAGUGAGGAGGUGAUGGUUAUUAUUAACUGUUGUGAUCCAAUGUUUUUGAAAGAAAGCUUUUCAUGUUGUCUGGAUUACAUUCGUUUUCAGUCUCAGUGGGGACAAUGAAAGUGUCAUUUCUUUUUGUUGCUUUAAAGCAUGAUGUGAAUGUUUCCCUUACAGGAUGCAGUUUACUACAUGAGAAAAAGUUUCUGGUUUGGAGUUUGCUUUAUUGGGCUGGGGGCACAUUAAAGGUUUAGGUUGGCGA